AUCGCAAUCUAUGGCCGUUGUAAAAGGUAAACAGAAAAAAGUCCGAACGUCAAAUCGGCUCUUAUCUCCGCCAGCUAUCCAGACCCUCCCACAGAAUCUACACAGUUUUGCAUCAAAAGGUGGCUGCUUUGCUGUUGUCUCGACAAUGAUAUCUGGUACCGACAGCCUUCGUCCAGCUUCAUGAAUGUAGAACUGAUCCUGUUUACUUAAAAGAAUGUUGUUGGUUAUCGUGUUGUUGGUGGUCGUAUUGCAGGUCGGCCGAGCUGUUAACAUCGGUAUAAUUGGAGGUGGGAUAGGAGGUACAUCCGCUGCUUAUUUUCUAAGGGAAUUUUUUAACGACGAUGUUAGCAUUGACUUGUAUGAACAGUCAAAAAUAGGUGGUCGUUUAUCAACGAUUACUAUUGACGAAAAAGAAUAUGAAGUAGGAGGAUCCAUAAUCCACACAAAAAACAAACAUGCUGUUGAUCUUGUUAAAUUAAUGAAUUUAACCAAGAAUUAUGAAGACCCAAAUGAAUUUUUUGGCUUGUUCGGUGAUAAAGGUUUUGUGUUCACCGGAAGUAAAUAUUCAUUUAUAACAAACAUAAAAAUGUUAUGGAGAUAUAAAUGGCAGCUAAUCAAACUUGAUAGAUUUUUGACAGACAUGCUUAGCCAUUUUUCAAGAAUUUAUUCGUUUCAAGACCAAUUAAAUAGUUUUAAAGAUGUACACAGCCUAUUAUACUCAGCCGACCCAAAAUUUGUAAAAUACUUAACAGUAACAGCAAAGGAAGGCUUCAAGGAGGAUAGUUUUUCACAACAAAUUAUUGAUGAAUUGCUUUUAGCAGGACUUCGUUGCAAUUAUGGGCAAUCCACCUCUGUACAUAAAUUUGUUGGCUCUGUAUCAACAUCUGGAAUGGGCGCUGACUUGUUCUCAAUUGUUGGCGGAAAUAAACUACUAGCAGAAAGACUCAUGAAAGCAUCGUAUGCUAAGUUGAUCAAUGAUCAAGUUAUCUCAGUAGACAAAACAGAAGGAGGAAAGUACAUAAUUAAAACAAACCAUAUUAAAUCUGUAUAUGAUUUUGUCAUUGUUGCGACACCUUUGACAGUAGACCAAAAAAGUCCCAUUGUUUUCAAUAUCGACGUUCCCGUGAAUGUCCCUGGACAUUACCAUACUACCAUUGCGACCAUUGUAAAGGGAAAUUUAAAUAAUGAAUACUUCGGCUAUACGAAGAGUGGCGAUGUCCCAGAUAUUAUUUUAACAGUCUCAGAGAAUCUAUUUUUUAAUUCAGUCGGAAGAAUCAAACCGGUAAAUGGGACAAAUAAAAAACAGAUUUGGAAAAUCUUUUCUAGAAAUGUUCUCAGUGAUAACGAUUUAAAAAAACUGUUUAAAAAUUAUAUCGUACUAGAUGUCAUCAAUUGGCUAGCGUAUCCUCAUUACAGCACUGAUUAUAGAAAUGAUUCAUUUGAGUUAGACCAAAAUCUUUAUUAUAUAAAUGCUAUAGAAUGGGCAGCAAGUGCAAUAGAAAUGUCACUGAUUGGUGCAAAAAACGUAGCUUUACUAAUACACAAAGAAUUACAACCAGCUUUCCAAGAUAGUGACUCGUUACACGAUGAAUUAUAACACGGUAACCACAUUUUAAGAACGGUGUGAUUUUUUAAAAGACUGCAUUAAUUCAUUCAAUCAUUUAAUUCUAUGUUUUAGCUUGGUUUACAGGUUAUAUAAAAAUAAUCAAUUUUUGUAAAAUAUUCUAACCAAGCUAACUUGUGAUAUUUCCCUACUGAAAAAUAACUAUAAAAAAUGACAAUGCAAAUUUAUUUUAUUUUUCAAUUAGGAUGUAUGAUCGAUUUAUUAAAUUCAAGUCACAAAUGUCAAAAUGUAUGGACCGGUUGAAAUGUAAAUAGAUAUUUUUUACAAAUAUUUUGCACUAAGUAUAUCAUGUAAGUAGAAUAAUAUUACGGCUAGUGUAAGUGGGGAAACAAGUAAAAGUACAUUUUUCAUUCUACCUCAGAAAAUAUAAAAUGAUCCGAAUGCUCAAUAAAUAGUUAUUUUAAAGCAAAUGUAUAACUAUUUCAUGCAACCUUUUUGGUCUUGUUUGGUUUGACAAUUAUUUAUAUCCUUUACAAAGUUAAAAACCACUUGACAUUGAUGCAAUGUUUGUGCACUUGCACUGAUGUUUGUUUUUAUUGCCAAAAUUCUUUACUACAUGGUAUUACAAAAGAAGGAUGACAAAAAUAAUCCACACUAGUAAAAUUAUGCUUAUAAUUAUUUUAAGUUGUACACAAAAGAACAGAAUUUAGCAUAAAUUAUUGAUAGAAUCAACCAACAGUUGUAAUUAUACUGAUGUAGUGAUCGAGGUUGUGGUCAGAGUUUCUUAAGCCAAAGACUGUUCUGACAAGCUUUUAACUUUAUUUGAAGUCUUCUUCAGGGCCUGAAUUACAGAAAACAUUGAAAACAUACAGGAUUAAGACCCCCCCCCCAAACCAUGAACACAAUCUCGAUCACUACAUCAGUAUAAAAUUUAGCAUAUGUAAGUUUGGUAAAAAAAAAAAAAUCUAGAAAACGAUUAAAGAUUUGACAUAA